CCGUCUACGCCCUCGACGAGGCCGCCGGCUGGAUGAUGAUGGAGUGGAUCGAGGGCGUGCCCGUCAGGGCCGCCAUCAACGAGUGGCUCGGGGAGCGGCCCGGGGCCGGGGGAGCCGGGGUCGAGCCCGCGGCGGUUGAGAGCGCGAGGGACCAGGCGCCGCUGGUGGGCCUGAUGAGGCGGAUAGGGACUGCCAUAGGGAGGAUGCACCACGUGUCGAUUGUCCACGGGGACCUUACGACUAGCAACAUGAUGCUGCGGCCGUGGGUGGGAGACGGGGCAGACGGGCAUACUGCUACGGGAGACGGGAUCUUGGAUGGCGAUAUCGUCCUCAUCGACUUUGGCCUCGCGACACAGACUACAUCGGAGGAGGACCGGGCCGUCGAUUUAUAUGUCCUCGAGAGGGCCUUUGGAAGCACACACCCGAGAGCGGAGAGUCUGUUUAACGAGGUGCUCCUCGCUUACAAGGAGACGUUCAAGCAGGCCGGGCCGGUGCUGAGGAGGCUAGAAGACGUGCGGAUGCGAGGCCGGAAGAGGAGCAUGAUUGGUUGAUGCUGGGAAGAUACCCAAGAGUAGUGGCGUGUAUUGCGUAAUGCUUGGAUCUCUGCUACCGAUGAUGUCGAACAUGCCUGCUAUGGAAACAUAACGCGAAACUGGGACUGGUUACCGAGUGCAGCAAUAGCGGCGCUCGGCCGUGAACCUGGCGUGAAGGAAAUCGUGGUAUCAAAGGGGACAGAAUAGUGCAGU